AAUAAAUUUAUAUUUAAUAUAUUUAACAGAUUUUGAAAUAUCAAACAUCAUUCAUCUUUUUCUGAUAUUGGAUUAUUUGUGAAAGAGAAUAAUGGCAUCUCGUACAAUUCCAUCUAAGUCACCUUCAUCAAGUACAUGUUCAUUUGAACCUUUAGACAAGAUUUCAAGCAAUACAUUGAAGCGCCAUCCAAAAACAGAACUCAAUAAGAAUGAUCUUCUACAGUUGUUGAGUGUAUUAGAAGGUGAAUUGCAAGCACGAGAAAUAGUAAUAGCAGUUCUUAAGGCUGAACAGAUAAAACAACUGCUUUAUCCUUGCAAAAGAACAAAUGCAAGUACUGAUCCUUGGGCAGCUCUUCAUAGAGAUGUAUUUGGUGCUUUUGAUGCUAUACUAGAUGAGGCAACAGUAAAAACAUUAUAUAAUAUGCAGUUACAGCAAUUAGAAAAUUUUAUUCUACAACAGCGGAAAGCACAGGAAAAAUUACAGGAACAGUUGAGAAGUGGAGAAGAAAGAUUUGAAAAACUUGUUGUUGAAUUAGAAGAUGAAAAACGUAAACAUGCACAAGAUACAGCUCAAGGAGAUGAUGUUACUUAUAUGCUAGAAAAAGAAAGAGAAAGAUUACAUCAAGAAGUAGAGUUUGAAAGACAGCAAAAUAGAAAAUUAGAAAAGGAUAUCAAACGUUUAAAUGAAAGUAUUGAAGAAGAACGAAACAGACAGAAACAAAUUGUAUUAUUAUUAUUAGCAGAAAGAAAACGUCUGAUCUUGAGGUUGCUUGAGGAACGACAGAGAAAUGAAGAAUUAACUGAACUCCUUAGUGAUGAAAAAGGAAGAAUAGCAGAUAUGGUAGAAGGUUUAGAGGAGGAAAGUAAAAAAUCUCUUCAAAUGGAAGCUGAAAUGGAACGACAGCUGAUUGAAUUUGAUUCAGAAAGAGAACACUAUAAAGAUCAAGUUACAACAGCUGAAAUGAAAAAUCAAGAACUUACAUUUGAAAUAGAAAAAUUACAAGAAGAAAUGGAAAUUUUACGCAAACAAAUGCAAGGAUUUGGUGAAAGGACAGUUGUUAGUAGCUCUCCGAUGCAUCUUGGAGAAGGAGUAAGAAGUACUGUUGUCACAAUGGUUUCUACUCCUCCGGCAAUUAGAGUUAUUCCAACAGUAUCUCCUGCGGUUAGUCCACCUCGGGGAGUUGCAAGAGCAGUUAGCCCUAAGAUUGGUCCAGCUCCUGCUACACCUAUGAAACCUCCAGGUCUCGUUCCACAAAUUCCAAUGAAAGCAGCUACUCCAAUAAAUUCUCCACCGAAACCAUUAAUUAAUGCUCCAGUAUCGGCGACUGUUGUUUCAACUGCUUCCGGACAAAAUGUAACAACAUUAACAUCCCCACAAAAUCCUGCACUUAAAGGGGCUGCUAAAAAAUCAUCUCCAGUACUUCCACCAAGAUCUGUUUCACCUGUAUCUUCUGAUGUAUCUGCUGAAAAUAUCCAACCAUCUAGUACUACAAAUAUAGUACAAAACUUAGUUUAUGCUGUUGCUGCAUCAGAACAGCAAGCAGUUGCGAACGAUAGUAAUCAGGCCGGACCUCGUCCUGCAGGAACUAAAAUAUUCACUACUAGCCAAGGAGGCAAAGUUAUGGUUCAUCUUUCUGGAAGUGCACCUAUUUUGGCUACUAAAAAAACUCCUCCAAUUGGACGAGGUACGCCACCACCCAUACCACCUAACAAACCAGUAUUAACAUCUCAGUUGAAAAAGGAUGCAAAACCUCCAGUGCCACCUCGAAACGAUAAUGCUUCUGAAUCUUCAUUAGAACAAAAGAUUCAGAAACCUCUUGUUUCAGGUACACGUUUUGGUGUUGCUAUUACAAAAGUUGCUACUCCCGAAGUAACAAGUGGAAUUGCACAAAUACCAGGGACUCCAGUAUCGACUGACGAAGAUCAUAAGACAGGCACCCAGGUGGGUGAAAAUGCCGACAUUAGAUAUUUCAAUGAAACUAAAACAAAAACAUGCAUUAAGAAUGUAUCUAAUGCUGAAAAUUUUGUUGGUGUUGAUGUGUUUGGACAAGAAUUAGUUGAUUUUCAGGAACUUCUAGUAUCUAUGGUAUCAAUUAAGUCUGAUGAUGGCCAGUGUAAUAUACAAGAGGAAACAUGACUUAAAUUAUUUUUGUUUUGAAUUAUAAUUUUUAUGUAUAAAGUUUUUUUUACAUAUAUGAAUGCAUGACAGCUAUUUUAAAAUACUCCGUUCAGACAACAAUAAUUUUUAUCAAUAGCAUGUUUGAAGUAUAUUUGAUAUAAGAAAAAGUUACCGGACCAAGGUGAUACAGCGAUAUUUGUUGGAUAUUCUAUUUUGCUCUUCAAGAUAUUUAAAAGAGCCUUACAGAAAAUUCUUGACCAGAAAAUGCCAGCUUAUCAUAAUUUUACCUGAAAAUAUCUUUAACAUUUUUGUAGUCUUUAGUGUCUAUGAAAAUCAUUUUCCCAAAAUAGACUCCUUUAAUUGCCAUGUAAAAAUUUGUUAACGUCUUAAAUGAUAGAUGUUAUUUGUUUGUAUUGAACGUGCAUGGUGUACUGGAUAACAUACAAUAUAAAUUCUGUAUUCAGAAAAUAUACACACAGUUGUAUACACCACUUUAAGCUCAUAUAUAUAUAUAUAAUAUAUAUAUUUGGAAUAAUAAUCCAAGCAAUGCAAUAAAUAGAAAUGUGCAAAUAUUCUUUUUUAAUAAGAGAUUGAAUUCAUACAAACU